AUGGCUUGUUCCGAAUAUUUCCAGCCGAAGUCAACCCAGGCCAUUCCUAUUCGCAUGUGCAUAUCUUUUACCAGAGAUAGCCCUUACUGGGAGACACCUGAAUCCUCAUUGAAAGAUAUUUUGCAACAACUAGACAUCAAGUCCGAUAUCAGCAAGACAGCUCAGUUGUUGGUAACACAAAAAUGGCCAAAAUACUUUUUUUUGAUCUACGACUUCUUCCACACCGACUACGAUUCAAGUAGCGCCCACCAACCAGAGGAAAAUGAGCUUGAUGUUAUGAGAGUUGACUCCCGUGGUGAUAAAUUUCAUAUUCGAAUGGCAGAUACGCUUUUUAAAACAAGGAUCAAUCACGAAGUGGCUAUGAUUCAUAAUGUCAACGGUGACGCAGUGCCGCCUUAUGUUGACGAUCACAGCGGCGGUAACGUGCCAAUUUAUCUAAAUCCUCGAGAUACUUCUCUCUUGUGA